CGUUGACAGGUUUAUUGAUGAAAUAUACUUGGCUAUAAUAAAUAUAUUGAGUCUUGAUUUCCCACCUAAUACCUCUUGAAGUUUGAACAGCGAGAAAUAAAAAGGUUUUAAAAAGAUUCAAAAAGGUUAGGUGGCUCUAACUUUACAUCAUUUACUUACCUAGGUACUAUCUGUACUUUAUACAUCUGAUAUACCUUAGGUACAUAAUAAUAUGUACAUAUCCCUAGUCGCUACUGGAAUUUAACCGCUGCAGCGUAUCAGAGCUGCUCUCCUCCAAGUUCCGUUCCUUACAACCUUUAUACUACCUACAUCAUACGUAUCCUUUAUUUAUUUUUAUUAAUUUAAAACCGAAAGGGGAAGAAAGACCCCAGGCCUUGUCCUGUCUUCUCCUCACACCUCACAAUCUAAUAAUAAUUAGGGUGUCCGACCAUCCCACCACCUAUAUACCCGGCACCAGUCCGCCGCUAUGAAGUCCGCCAAACUCUUUUACCUAUCACUAUUUGCGCUUUGGGGGACACCUGGGCAAUGUAAGAGCAGAGACGCUCCAGAUGAUUCAUGCGCAAUCUCACCCCGCGCCAUCGUAUCAGAUGCUUGUGCUUCUUUUUCCACACUCGAGAAACUCAACCGCAAAGUCAAGCCGGCCUUAGACGAGCUAACUAAAGACACCGACUUCUUCUCCCAUUAUCGCCUAAACCUAUUCCAUAAGAAAUGUCCCUUCUGGAACGACGAGAAUGGCAUGUGUGGCAAUAUAGCCUGUGCCGUGAACACCAUAGAUAACGAGGAAGACAUACCCAAGAUAUGGAGGGCAAGCGAACUCAGCAAGCUGGAGGGGCCGUCGGCAAAGCAUCCCGGGAAGAAGAUCCAAAAAGAACGGCCAAAGAAGCCACUACAAGGUCUAUUGGGAGAGAACGUGGGCGAGAGCUGUGUAGUAGAGUAUGACGAUGAAUGCGACGAACGAGACUACUGCGUACCAGAAGACGAAAGCGGGAGCGGCAAAGGCGACUACGUCAGUUUGGUCCACAAUCCUGAGCGUUUUACUGGGUACGCCGGCGAAGGCGCUAAGAUGGUAUGGGAUGCCAUCUACAGGGAGAACUGCUUCCAAAGGUCUUCUUUCCCGCAAUCCGCCUCCCUUGGGAUCAGCCCUGUGGCUAAGGGACCUGCCGCACAAGAUUUCCGCAACGUCCUCCAAGAUGCAGAACGGCAGCAGAUACUGCAAAAACACCAACAAAACCCGAGCAUUAGCUUCGCGCAGACCGGAUUAGAGAAUGGGGGAGAGUGUCUCGAGAAGCGCGUCUUCUACCGUGUCGUCUCUGGUAUGCACGCAAGUAUCAGUACACAUCUUUGUUGGGAUUUCCUAAACCAGACAACCGGCGAGUGGCAGCCCAAUCUUGGAUGCUACAAGGCUCGGUUGCACAACUACCCCGAACGGAUUUCCAACUUGUAUUUUAACUAUGCUCUUGUCACCCGUGCUGUCGCCAAGAUAGGCCCGCACUUACAAAACUACACGUUCUGCACUGGUGACGAGGACCAGGACGCAGCUACGAAAUCCAAGGUUCUCGCUGUAACUCAGAGCGCAGCCUCGGUACCUCAGAUUUUCGACGAGGGCCUCAUGUUUAAGAACGGUGAGGGUCCGUCUUUAAAGGAGGAUUUCAAGAAUCGAUUCCGGAACGUCAGCCGCGUGAUGGACUGCGUGGGUUGCGACAAGUGCAGGCUUUGGGGCAAGUUGCAGACGGCAGGGUACGGCGCGGCGUUGAAAAUCCUAUUCGAGUUCGAUAACGACAGCGAGGAUAUCCCGGAGUUAAAGCGAACCGAACUCGUGGCACUCUUUAACACCUACGCCAGAUUGAGCAGCUCUAUGAAUGCUCUUGUUGGAUUCAGGGCCAUGGUCGAGGGUGAGGAGAAAGCCACUCAGGGAAUACCCGACCGGGCCAAGAAGCCGCACGCGGUAGGUAUUUCAAAGAGCACGCCCGAAGCAACAUCGGCAGAGGCGGAUCUAGAAGAGGAGUGGGAUAAGGAAGAGGACGACGUACCACCAAAAAGAGAACGUCGCAAACCAGAAACCGUCAGCGAAAUGUUCGAUGAAGAAUUUUCCAAGGUAUUCAAGGCAUUUAAGAUCGUAAUGAAGUCUUGGAUAACCUUUCCGAGGACGCUAUUCUAUAUCGUGAUCUCGGAGUUAUCACGCCUCUGGGAGUUCUACGUCGGCUUGCCCGUCUCGCCCCGUACCUGGGGGUUUGAACGGCCUAGCCUCGACGAGUUGUAGAAUAUAUACUUUUGUAUAUUGGAGGAUUCACAUUAAGGAUACCUACCUAACCUAACCUAAUGCAUAGUGCAUAAGGUCAGGCUCACCAGGCGAUUUUGUGUAGUGCGCCUAACGUUACUGGCGAUAGCAUUCCAGAUAGCAUGCAUGCAUCCAUUGGAGGAGUUUUGGGCGUUUUGUCUUGUGGAUAAGGACGGUAUACUAGACCGCAGAAAAUAAGACGGGUUUUUGUCAUCAUGUGUAGCAUUUCAAUCCUUAUUGACGUUCGUGAAGGUAAAAUGUUAUAUGUAUGUUACAUUACUUAUUAACCUAGUAGAUACAUUCACCUCCUUAUUAUCCCAUUGUCCUACUAAAAAAAAGAAAAAAAAAAGCUUAGCAGCCUAUCUCUACUCUUCCAUGUCUUCCCUGUGCGUAACUAGAUUCUACUAAACAACUG